AUGGCGGCGACGGGCUUCCUUCUUCCCGCGCUUUCCGAGCAGCGGAUUUUCAAGCGUCAUUGUGCUCCGGUCUCCUGGUGCGGCCAUCGGAAUCUCCGGCGAUCCUUCGAACCUCCGGUAGCGGCGACAGCGUUCCUUCUUCCCUCGUUUUCCGAGCCGCGGAUUUUCAAGCCUCAUCGUCCUCCGGUCUCCUGGUGCGGCUGUCUGAAUCUCCGGCGAUCCUUCGGGCCUCCGGCGGCGGCACUGCCGGCCAGCUCGGGGCAAUCUCUCCUGCUCGCCAAGGCCGACUUGCUGGAUCUGAUAUCGGACCAGGAGCGAGGAGUUCUGACGGAGGGAAACCCGGCGAGACGGUCGGAGAUCGUCCGCGCCGUCGAGGCGCUGUCCGUCUACGGGAAGGAUAUGACCACCUCUGGUCCCUCUCUCUCUGGUACAUGGAGGAUGCUGUGGACCACGGAGAAGGAGCAACUCUUCAUCAUAAAAAAUGCGUACCUCUUCGGCACCAAGACCGGCGACGUGCUUCAGGUCAUCGACAUGGAGAAGGGGCUACUCAACAACGUGAUCACAUUCCCGCCGUCGGGAGUCUUUUUCGUGAGGUCGACCUGCCAGGCGGCGUCUGCGCAGAGAGUGAACUUCAGGUGAAUGAUCGGUUCGUCAGCUUUCCCGGUGUCCUGCUUUCGAUCUGUCUGUCAUUCACGAAGCUGUUCAUCUUCGGUGGCAGGUUCACAAGUGCAGUUCUACGAGGUGACGGUUGGCAGAUUCCGCUGCCCCCUUUUGGACAGGGUUGGUGAGUACUCCUUCCGGUCGAAACAAAAAUCGAUCAGCAUGACAAACCAUUUCUACUGAUUUUUUCUCUCUAGGCCUGUCCUUUCAAUCCCUUAGUAGCUGAGAACGGCAUUGCCGUGAUUGAGAAAACCGUCAUCAAGUUUUCUGUGAUUCAAAUAUCAUAAGAUAUGCUUCAGCAUUCCCCAAUACCAUUGUUUUUGAUUUGCAUGCGAAAACUUUUUCUCUGAGAUCCAAGCGUCAUCAAUCACGGCAAGUUGGGAUACAUCCUUGAUCCUGUACAUCUGAAUCAGACAGAAAUAACUCAAAAGGACGAAGAACUGCCUUGAAAAACCUUCAGAUGGUUCAUGAUCUUGCUCAUCGUCUGGUCCAUCAGUUCUGAAAUGUGGGACUACCUGGGGGUCAUGUUCAUGGCUGAUGUAGAUGGGACCAGUCAGCAAGAAGAGAAGGCCCGUUCUGAGAAGGGCGCAGAGGGUGCCCAUUGCAAGUGAAAGGGGCAUUUCAUCUGCAGCGUUUAUUGCAAAUGAUGUGGGACUGCAUCUGCCUCAUGAAUUAUCCAUAUCCAUGGCUAGAACUGGGUGAAUCCUGGAAAAUGUCUCCUCACCCGGCAGGAAAUCAUCUCUCAGAAGUGUUCACCUGGUUCGGAUCGGUCAAUGCGAGGUAGAUAAUGGACCAUGGAAAUACCGAGCUGCUUCAUCUUUCAGCAAACAAUCCAUAUAGUUUGCGCAUAUCAUCAGCGAACGAGCUAAAAAGUGAGGAGAAUUGUGGGUUUUACCGCAGAAGUCAUGGCUAAUAUGCUCCCUAUGGAAAAUUUCAUAUCCUAGGCACCAAUGAUCAAUUAAUCUUUUAUUUCUUGCCCAGGAAAAAAAUGGUGGGUCAACGGAUGAAGGGAGCUGUUCUUCACAUGCCAAGAUGUGAUGAAUCUCCCUUCAUCUGACUUUUUCCCUCUCCAUGAUUCAUCCUCUGUAUUAUUGUCCAACAUUUGCCUCUUUUUCCGUUGAAUUCCCCAUCACUUGUGUGAAGUAUUCAAAGAUGGACUCCUGAUUUCUCCGCAGGUUCGAAUCAGUCUACCUUGAUGAAGAUAUUCGAGUUGCAAAGGACAUUCGAGGAGAUUAUUUGGUCGUUGACAGGGCGCCCUACACGUGGACAGAAUGA